AUGUAACGUUAAAAAAAUAGUUACUGAACGAAUGCCUAUACAUCAUGUAUGCUACUGAGUGACAUGACGAUGACAUUAAUUUAUUGACAUUACAGCAGUGGCGAAUUGUGUUGACGUUCUUGGUCGGGGAGCUUUAUUAAAUUUGUAAUAUCAAUUCAUAUCAGAAUUUCUUAAUUUGCUUAGAAAUUAGUAACAUAAUCUGACAAAAGUGUCAAUUGUUAAAUCAUAUUUCUCACAAGAGUGGCAAAUGUUUCACAAGCAAAAUGUACUUUCCAAUAGGUUGGCCCAAAGUUCUGAAAAAUCUGGGAGCAGAUAAUCAAAUUAUAAAGCAAAUCGUGUCGAAUAGAGACAAGAUAUUGUUUGCUUCCUUGAGUGAUGACUGUUUAGCUGUAUGGUUUUGUAAGCCAAGUGUCCCCAUUGUGUACCACAAGAGGAGUACAGAAUCUCUUCAAAGACUUGGAGUCAAUGUCGGAGUGGAAUGGAAACCUGAUUCCUCUAUGAUAUGCAUCUCUACCUCAGAAGGGCAUCUAAUAUUGUACAAUGUGGAAGCUCAUAGUGAACAGACUGCGUACCAACAAUAUGAUCCACCCACUGCAAGUUUACGUCGAGACUCCGCCGAGUUAUUUGUCAAGGAGGUCAUACCAUCAUUGAAAAUUACUCUGUUAAAAGAAGUGUUAGUAUGGGAUGGUCAGAUCACACGGAUGUGCUGUAUAUCUGGCACAGAGAUUCUGGUAUGUACCACCAGAGCCCAUCUACUGCGGUAUCGGUGGGAUGGUACGCAAAACCGGGAUUACUGUCUCGACCUUGGAAGAAUACCAUUUUCCAUCAACCAACAGGUUUCUAAAGCGGAGCCGAUAUUAGAAGACAAUACACAUGUUAAUGACAUAGAAUAUUCGCCGCUGGUGUGCGGGUUUGGGAUAACUCUCAAUGACGGACGGGCGGCCUAUCUCACGGCUCCUAAUCUCAAGUUUGAUCCUAAUGCCGUUCAAGGCAUUUGGGCUCCUGGCAUUGAUGACGCGACUUGCGCAAGAGUCAACCACAAGUUUAGAUUAAUUGCUAUUGGCAGGAAAAAUUCUCAAGUGGACGUGUUCACGAUAGACGAGGCGACGGGCGGCUUGGAGCUGUCACAUACGAUGGUGCUCAGCUCCAAAGACUUCCCCGGCGACCCUGGACCUGUCAAGUGUAUGAGAUGGACAGCAGACGGCCGUGCAAUAGCAGUGAGUUGGGAGCGAGGCGGGGUGUCGGUGUGGUCGACGUUCGGUGCCCUGCUCAUGUGCUCGCUGGCCUGGGACUACGGACUCAACCAGGACCUUGGCAAGUCCAAUCCGUUGGUUGUGUCUAGUUUAGAAUGGGCGACUGAAGGGUACCAGCUCUGGAUGGUGAAAGUGGAAGGAGACUCCAGCACCAACAUCAUUCAACUGGAUUUUGUGAAGAGUCCACUAAGUGUAAACCCUUGCAUGAGCAAUCAAAGACACCUCUACUUACAAGCAGAUGACAAACUGUACGUGAACUUAGAAGAUAAUUUAACGAAACGUACAAAAAUCUCAAUCAUUGACUCGUCUUCAGAAAUAUACCAGGCAGAGAAUGGUCUACCCGACCAGCCUACGUUGGAAUAUGAGAGUAGUACUAACUAUAGGGAGUUUGUUGACGACAACGAGUGCAGGAAACAGUGGAUAGUGUUGCCUCUACCGGCUACUUAUAUUGCUACCAAUUGGCCGUUGAGGUACAGCGCAAUAGACGAGGCGGGCGUGAACGUAUGCGUGGCGGGCCGCACGGGGCUGGCGCACUACAACUGCGUGGCGCGGCGCUGGAAGCUGUUCGGGAACGAGGCGCAGGAGAAGGACUUCGUCGUCACGGGCGGCAUGCUGUGGUGGAGGGAUUAUAUUGUUAUAGGUUGCUACAGCAUUCUAGACGGUCACGACGAGAUUCGCUUCUAUCCCCGAGAAGCGAAGUUGGACAAUAGAUUCGCGAAGAUAGUUCGAGUACAAUCGCAAGUGUUCGUGCUGGACAUCCUGGAUGACCAGCUCGUGGUCUUCGGAGCUGAUGCCCUCGUCACCAUAUAUGAACUCAACUGCAUUGAUAAUACGGGUACGAUAGAGAUGCGCUGCGUGCAGGCGGUGGACGUGUCUGCGCUGUCGCACCCGGCGUGCGUGGUGGCGGCGCAGCUGUGCCGGCUGCAGGACCCGCCGCACCGCGUGCGCGCCUCCACCGUCUGCGUGCCCGUGCAGCGCCAGCCCGACUCCUUGGUGAUCAACGCCAGCGGUAAGCUGAUGAUGGUGCAGAGAGAAGAGUAUGACGUUGAUGAAGACAAUAAUCCGGCCUAUAGCUGUCUUCCAGCAACAGUUCUAGCAUCUUGCGUGGAAAGUGUCUGGUCCUGUGGCAGUGUGACUGGCUCACAGACACAACUGUCCCGAGCUCUAUGGCUCUGGUGUGGCGCUUUAGGCGCGAGAGUCUGGCUCCCCUUACUACCACGAGAUACGACCAGACACCCUGACUCGAGCAGACAUACGUUCAUGGCUAAAAGGAUCAUGCUGCCUUUCCAUCUUAAUAUUUAUCCGUUAACAAUUUUAUUCGAUGACGCUAUCCUGCUGGGUGCGGAGAAUGACACAACUCUCUACGCUUCAGACUCCAGCUCAGUAUUCUCGCUGCCAUUCUGUGUCGUCAAUAGAACAAGCCAAGUUUACCUCCAUCAAAUUCUGCGGCAGCUGCUCCGUCGCAACCUGGGGUACCACGCGUGGGAGAUCGCGCGCUCAUGCUCACAGCUAGCAUACUUCCCUCACUCCUUGGAACUGCUCCUUCAUGAGGUGUUGGAGGAAGAGGCCACCAGCAAGGAACCCAUACCUGACGCCCAACUGCCGUCUAUUAUUGAAUUUGUUCAUGAAUUCCCCGUGUAUUUGCAGACAGUGGUACAAUGUGCGAGAAAGACAGAGAUAGCGCUAUGGGCGUAUUUGUUCUCAGCAGCGGGGAAACCGAAGGAAUUGUUCCAGGAAUGCUUACAACGCAAGAUGCUGGAUACCGCCGCCUCUUAUUUAAUCAUAUUACAGAACUUGGAAAGUUCAGCGGUGAGCAGACAGCUAGCGACACAACUUCUCGACACCGCCCUGCAGCAGGAGCGGUGGGAUCUCGCCAGGGAUCUCGUCAGAUUCUUGAGAGCUAUAGAUCCAAACGACGUGGAUUCACCGAGGAAUUCGGUGAACGUUCAAGCGAAGUACGGACAGGUGGUGCAGUCUCAAACUGUCAGUCCCAACGCUGAGGACCUGUCCGUCAUACUGGGCAGCAUGCAGUUGGCGGGCGGCCGCGGUCGUAGCUUCAGUACGACAGUAUCUCCCCGCGAGCCCUCGCCCCCCGCACACGCGCCCCCUCCCCCCGCGCCCCCGCCACACGCACCCCCCGCACGGGCCACUGCCGCUGUUAAGAGGAAGAAAUCUGUUCCUGCUAGAUCUGAAAGACGUACACCUUGUUGCGUGGUUGGCCGGUGAAAGGGAACGAGCGGCCAGGGUAGAUAACGCCGUACUUUGUGUCAAGAAACUGCAUGAAGACUUUGCUUGGCCAUACCCUGUCAUUAAUGAAUCGGAACAGUAUCUUCAGCGGAAGGGGAGCACUGUUGCAAGUACAUAUACACCGUCAGCGGAAUCAGAUAGUUUAUGCGGAGACAGUGGGUACAUGAGUCUGCCGCUACGAGCUGCUUUACCGUUGAUGACUGGCGCAGUACCAGUGUCGCCUGGACCUGUGAGUUCUGCGGGAGAAGGCAGUGUAGCCGAGGGUGGUGGCGUGGCGUGGGGCGGCGAUGCUCUCGGGGCCGGGGAGGAACGACGGUACGCGGCGCUCAUGGAGCGUCUGCAUCACCACCAGGCAGAGCGAGGCUCGCAUACUGCGCAUGUACAACUCAGAUACUAUCUACAGUUAAUGACGGAAGCUAGUUGCGUCGAGUGGGCAGUAAUAGUAGCGGUAGUACUCCGCGACGCGCUGGCCGUGCUGCGAACUACGAACGCGGCGCGGGGGAACGACGUCAGUCUCGACGCGGUGCGGCGACUGCGCCGGACGCUGCAGGACAUCUGUGCGUGGACUGACGCCGAGUGUCUCGGCUACAAACCUUUCAUGAUGGCGAUCAGCAAUCAAAUCCCGUUCCUAACAUCGAUAAUCAACACUCGAGAGCGUCGACUGUCGAUGACAAAGUCUCGUGUUCGGACGCCUAGCACUAGCUCUUUAGGACAAGAGGUAAAACCAAAACCACAGAGUCAGGAAACUAAGCUCCCACCGCCACAAAAGGCCGAGGUAUCUAAACAAGCUGUGAGGAAAGAGUCAGCGGGCGCGGAGCCUGUCCCGUCGGUGGCCCCGCCCACGCCCCGCCCACCUGCGCCUGCGCGCGAUGACGUCUCCACCGGCUGUGUGCUCAUGUAAACCUCUUAAGCAAAUGUCACCGAGACGAAAUAAUUUGACCGUCAUACUAAAACAACUAAAGUAAGUUGUUUUUUUUUUUAUUAAAAGAAGUUAAUACAGAAGUAUGAUUUCAAUAAUAUCAAUGCCAAGGAAAAAUGAACGUUGUUCCACAUAGUUAAAGUUGCUUGUUAUAAGUAUUGGUUUUAUUUCGUCUCGAUGACACGGCUUUCACGUUACGUAGUGUAAGUAAAAAGGUUAGUGUCAGUAUCAAUUUUAUUAAAAUAGUUGUAUGAAUUGGUGUCUAAAGGCGGCCGUUGAAGCGAAAGUUUUUUAUUAAAAAGAAAAUUGAUGCUGUCACCCAAUUUUGUAUGAAACGUUUUGUAUCUGGAAUUAGACAAUUUUCUUCUACAAAUAGUAGAAUUAGUUUAGUAGACGUCUGUCGAGAUUCUAGAUAGUAUUAAAAUUAAGAAUAAAUUUUUUUAUUAAUAAAUUUCAUACUUUCGUACUCUAGUAACUUUCCUAUACUAUAUUUAUUAAAAAAAUCUUCACUUUCGUCUCGACGUGUUUACUAUUUACUAAUCAAUGUACUUCUUUUGUAAAUAAUUAGGUAAAAUUAAAUGAAUCUUGUAGAAAGCUACUUUGAAACUUAUGAAUGAAAGUAGGUAUAGCGAACGAUAUAUUAUUAUAAUUUUGGUGCUGAAUAAUGUAUACAUCUCGAUAUUUAUUUGUGUAAAUGAAUUUAUUUUUUCUCUAGUCUAUUCUUAACUUUUAAUAACUUAUUUCCACCAAUCUACAGAGGAGGCCGAAGCAAGGAACAUGAAUAUUUGAAAAAAGAAUGCAUGUUCCAUAAAGUGUCGACGUAAUAUUUUUAUACCUCUGUUUUAAUUGUGCCAGCUAAAACCUAUUUUAAAUGCAACCUCUUUUUUUCAUCCCUUCUAUUUUUUUACUCUUUGGUCUCCAAAAUUAGUCUAAUUUCACUAUUAUUAUCUAUUUGAAUGUUUAAUAUUAUUGUACUUAUAAAUAAUGGUAUUACAUAGUAGUUAAUAUUAAUUAAUUUAUCUCAUAUUUUAUUUUGAAAUCAAUACGGACAGCUAGUGUAGAUAUUAAGUCUAUGGGUUGGUCAUCCUGGACGAUAUUAGUAUGAAUUUAUUAUGUAGUUAUUUGGUAUAUAGAUUUAUGUGUAGUAAAUGUUAUUUAUAUAAACUUGUGUUAGGUAUUAUGCCAAAGGUGAGAAAAACUAAAAAAAAUAUUUUGUCUCUGGUAAAAAUAACAAAAACGGUUACAGUUGCGUUAGAAAAUAUUAACGAAUUUAAAACAUUUUUGGUUUAGCUUUUUAAGUCUCGAUAGACAUUAAAACAAGCAUUAGGUUUUUUGCGUACCAUUAAAAAUCAGCAAAAACAUCGUGGCGUCCUUUUAACUUUUCACAAAUCAAAGACUAGGGAUGUCUUAGACCACGAUUUAUAUUAAAAAAAAAACAGUAAAAUUAUACUUUAUCACUUUAUAUUUUAUGUUAUAAGUAUUGGUUUCAACUACUAAACAGUUUUUUCUCUACUGAAUAAUUAUCCGGUUAAAGAAUUCGACUUGGGGU